CAGCCAAACCAGGGCGGUACCCUGGUAUUGCUUGUCACUCACAGUCUCUAAAUUUCUCUCACCGUCUUGCACUAUCGUCGCUCCUACCAAUCUUCGUCCUUAAGCUUCAGCGAUGUAUCUACUUUCUUUUCUUCUGGCUUUACCUCUACUCGCACUUGCCCAGUCAUCAUCACAGAGUGUUCAGCUCUCAACGUUUACCACCGUGGAAGAGACCCUUGGCUCGAAUCGCCAAACUAGCACAAUAACACAGAUCACGGUGGUCACCAUCACUCCCACUCCCACAGGGUCCGCCACAGUUUCUGCCUCUGGCAACUCUUCUUCAACAAUAACUAGCGGUGCCAACAACGGGACCACCACAUCAAUCGCCUCUAGCAAUCUACCCACUGCAGCAUCUACCGUUGCUGGAGCGGAUGGCGGUCCCAACGGUGCCCCCAGUCCAGGAGCAUCAGCAUCAGGUGGGAUAUAUGGCCCUCCGGAUGGCUAUAUUGCAGGCGCACAAGCCUUGCGCAGUGGAAACGCUCUCGGAGCUGUCGUCUUAUUUGUCGGAGGGGCAUUGGUUUUACUUUAAAACGGUUUCAAAGCUGUACACUGUUCGUAUGUUUAUAGACCCGCAUGACGUGACGCUGGCACACUGCCAAACAUACUUAGGAUAUUCCGUUUAGCUCUCUUUAUUGGACAUGGACAAACCAGUUUGCUUUUAGGGUUUGCUAAUGGAACUGUACUUUCGCAUAUAUCUUCGUUCAUUGACACUUUAUUAUAUCUACACCGUCUUGGACCGAGUACAGUACUAGUAUACUGUAAUGAGAUCGGGUCUUUUGACUAAUUCCAUGGGACGAACACUAGUAUAUGGUGCCGAAAUCGAGUUACGUAUACUCUCUCUGCUCACUCCAAUAUUAUGAGCUGGGCCAGGUCGAACAAGUUAUCAUACAUAUGCAUACUUCUUAC